UCAAGCAGCUUAGAUACGCCGUACGCGGUGGAGAAUUCUCCUGAAGAGAAGAAACCAGAGAGAAAGAAUGGAGGAGACGAAGAAGGAAGAAGAGGGAGAAGCGGUGAUGGAAGAAGUUGAUCCAUCAGAAAUAGAUUAUGUUAGUUAUGGUGGCGAACAUCACUUGCCUCUCAUCAUGCGAUUGGUUGACAAAGAACUUAGUGAACCCUAUUCUAUCUUCACUUACAGAUACUUUGUCUAUCUAUGGCCUCAACUUUCUUUCCUGGCGUUUCAUAAAGGAAAUUGUAUUGGAACAGUUGUUUGCAAGAUGGGUGAACAUAGGAAUACUUUCAGAGGAUAUAUUGCUAUGCUUGUUGUUAUCAAAUCUUAUAGAGGAAAAGGCAUUGCUACAGAGCUUGUUACCCGAUCGAUACAAGUGAUGAUGGAAUCAGGAUGUGAAGAGGUAACACUAGAAGCAGAAGUGUCAAACAAGGGAGCACUUGCGUUGUAUGGUCGUCUUGGGUUUAUCAGGGCAAAAAGGCUCUUCCGGUAUUACUUGAAUGGAGUUGAUGCUUUCCGGCUUAAGUUAUUGUUUCCUCGGCCAGAGAUAAGCUCCCUGCUUAGGAUGGCAAAUAACGAAGAUGGUUAUUAUCAUAACAAUCAGCAAUUUGAGGAAGGAAGUUCUCAAGUCAACUAAGACGGCAUCUGGUCCAAGUUUUUGCAGGGAACUGUUAGAGAGACUCGGACUUUGCUGAGCUACAAGUACGAGUGAAUUGAUAUGGUGCCAAAAGGGACUAGGUUGAAGCAAUGUUAAGAGGUACCGGAAACAGACUAAUGACGUAAAGAAGGCGAACAAUGAAGUAUGGGAAGAAAGUCCAUAUUUAUUGCAUUUGCAAAUUUGAUGAUGGUUGUUGGCACAUUUGAGCUCCUUUUCUCUUGUUCUAGGGCUUGAUGAUUGGAUGCGCUGUUACAGCCUUGUUUUUGCAGUGCUUUGAUCAUGCUGCAUGAUUUAUUGUAUGUAUAAUUCCUGUCUAAGAAUCUUAGCUCGUGAAUAUCAUUCGAUUGCAAAUGGGGAAAACUUAUAAUGGUAACCUACUGUCUAGUGAAAGUGAGAACAAAAUGGUAAAACUUGACAGAACAAUGGAAAUUUUUGUUUAUUUA